AUGACCAAUUAUGAUUUGGUUGGUACACUAAAAGCACUUUAUGCACCAAUGAAAGUGUGCCCAGAUGGAUGUGUACAUGUGCGCCAUGCAAGCACACCCUCACGGCCACUUUUCUAUUUCACUGCCGUCGCAGCGCCUCCGUCUGUUACCACCGUCUUCAUUCAACAACCUCAAGCGGAGCGCCCUCAGCUGUUGAGAGCCGCUAGUCUACAAGAGAUGCAUCUUAGUCCGGCUUCGCUGUACCUAAAUCUCAUUCUUCUUGAGCUCCUUGUGGGGGCUCAAGGACAGCUUAACCUCUGGGCGGAUAGAAAACUUGUGGCUCGAAUAAUAGAAUCCAUUCCGUCGAACGGCAAAGAUUAUUCAAGCCUCAAGUGCCCCAGGCAGCGUCCAGAUAUUACUCAACACAUACCUCCACAACUCUUCCUCGUGCUGAAUGGACACAUUCUACAGGAGGUAUACGACAAAAUUCUCCACAGUGUUCAUCGACCGCUUCCACCACAAAUCGAGAUUAUUCGACUUAAGUGGCGCGCCGGUCUUGAAAGGUUGACUUACAACAUCUCUAUGGUCUCCCUGAACAAGACCCUUCUAUUUGAUCCCCUUCUGAACGUGGCUAGUUAUGGAAUAAUCCCCGCCAUGGAAUCAGAUGUACAAAUCACACUCGCGUGUACGGGUAAAGUGACAGGAUUCGCUGCUUUCAAACUGCAUUUGGACAUUCGCCGCGAAUUUGAAGGCCUACGAAAGAUUCCUCGCAUCGAUUUUGUGGCUCAGAAGUACUGUCUUAGUAAACAGAGAUUCAAGAGAUUUCACAUAAAGUGCGACUGCCGCGCCCAGUGCCAGAAGCUCUUCCCACCCGUGUACUUUGGCAAAGCCUACAGGAAGAAGUGCAACCAGCGAUGCCGACGCGACCUGAGCUCAAAGAGAGGCACCAGCCGAUACAACUACUACACCCACCAGAAUCAGCAACAACACAUCAACUGA